AUGUUAUCACUAUUUACAUACGCGCACUCUAUCAUAAAAAUACACGUUGUGCUCAUGAAUCAUUUGAUCAUUUUACCUUGCCAUUCUGUUUGGUCAGGUGGCCCAUCCAAAGGGGAACAGAGAGACGAGUGGCAUUUAGCACCGUUCCAAUAUGAGGGCAAUGACCACCUAUGCUUUAUUGAUCACGUAUCUAAAAGUAUCAAAGAAUUAAAGAAUGAUCCACAUGCUGUUUUAGUUAUAUCUGGGGGUCAAACAAAAAAGGAUGCGGGUCCCCAAUCAGAAGCAUACUCAUAUUAUCAACUUGCAAAAGCUUUGUAUGGUGAUGACCCAGUUUUCGAUAGAAUUUGCCUUGAAGAAUUUGCGAGAGACUCAUUCGAGAACGUGAUUUUUCUGAUCUGCAGAUUCUUCGAAAUAAAGGAGACUUAUCCAGAACGGAUUAGUGUAGUCGGCUUUCAAUUUAAACACGAGAGGUUUGUUAAUCAUCAUUUACAGGAGGCCCUUCAAUUCCCUGUGGAAAAGGUUAAUUAUAUUGGCAACUCGCCUAAUCCUGAAUUCGAUGAUUCGAAGCGUGCACGAUAUUUCGCUGACUUGAUGGCCAGUGAAAAGAAGCAUGCCCUCUCUCACUUUCAAAAAGAUUGGUACGGUAUUUCCCAUCCAUUGUUAGACAAGAAAAAACAAAGGAACCCAUUCAAAAGGACACACGGAUAUUAUGCUAGUAACAAACAGCUCCAGCGGUUGUUAGAGCAUAUAUCUGAUGAAGGAAGUGAUUUGGAGAGUAUAGAGAUUAGGAGUCUAGUCAAUUUCCCUUGGACUCAAAAAUAG